CUUCCUCUUCUUUGGCUUCACUCGACAACUCCUCUUAGACUCAGACUUAGAACUCUUACAGAGCGUUCCCCAUGCACUUUGACGAGAGCUCCAUGUUUGCUGGACAUAAAAUAGAGUCAAAGACACUAAAGGAGGAGUUCAGGCUUCACUUUAAGAACAUCUCUCGGGUCAUGGACUGCGUCGGCUGCAGUAAGUGCCGGCUCUGGGGAACCUUACAGACUCAGGGUCUGGGAACGGCUCUCAGGAUCCUGUUCUCUGAGAAAGAGAUCGAGAAGCUUCCAGAAAACAGUCCGUCCAAAGGCUUCCAGCUCACGCGGCAGGAGAUCGUGGCUCUGCUCAACGGAUUCGCCAGUAUAAAAGAGCUGCACAACUUCCGGACUCUGCUGAAGGAUCAGAGUUAACGGGGGUCUUGGACGACUGUUUCUGUUACAUCGAGAGCAUUGACGUCUUCAACAACUUCAAAAUUUAUCCUCACAUUCGCAAGCUCACAGACAGAGACUUCUUCCGAUACUACAAGGUGAAUUUAUGCUUCAGCCCUCAGAGACUUUAUAUGAAUUGAAAGCAAGAUGAUUGUGCACAGAAAGAGAUGAAUGACUGCAUCUUUACACAGUCUUACGGUCUGAUGAAUGAAUACGAGGGGCUUGUAUUCGUAGUCAUGGUUAUGGAGACGUGGCAUGAUGUCAGAGCUGCUUACUGACGCGUACAGACUAAUAUCUCAAAUAGAGACUUGAAUACGCGGAUAUGAAAUGGUCAAUCAGUUACUGAUGAAGAUUCGUGCACUUAAACACCUAGUAAAGUAAAAAAAAAAAAAACACACCCAACAAAUUAAAUACUUGACUUUUUUCUGUCCUUUUAAUGUUGUUGCUGUUGUUAUUAUUAUCUGUUAAUAUUUAUAUAUAUUUUUAGCCAUUCUUCUCAAUGCUCAGAAUAAUACUAAAUGGAUUAUAUUUAUUCUACAUUGUA